GCAAAUUUGUUAUUUGCCCCGUUGGAGGGUCGGAAGCAGAGAAGCGUAGAGGGGUCCCACCUGUAGGGAAGAGGCGGACAGGACAGGUGACCCAAAACUGACCAACAGGGUAUUCCAGGGAAUCCCACACUGUUACUGCUUCAACUUCACACCACUGGGGAUUGCUUACUGCUCCAACCUCUCGAGAGCCUUCUGCAAGACCUCUGGUCCCUCAGGAGGCUCAAUAGCACCUCACGGUUGGGCAUCUUCAGCUCAUUCAUAGAGCAUUCACCUACAAAAUCCAGGGGAGCAACUCUUCCCAAUGUUUUUCUCAUUCCACUGACAAUUUUAAACUCAACCAUUUCAUGAGGACUGUGGCCAAGACCAUCCUAUCUCCCACCAGUCCUCCAGCAGGAGAUGGGGAGGCUGCUGAGGGAGUGGGGGGGGGGUGCCAGAGGGAGCCCCAACAUUCCAUCCCAGGCGACCAAAGAGUCCUUAGCAGCAGAGAGAGCGAGAGGACCCACCAUGGCGCUGCCACCACUCUGGCUCCCACCAACCGGCUCCUGGACUCCCCCAGCACCACAGAUGUUUCACACCUUUGUGCUCCCGCAAACCUUCUACCCCCAAGGCUCAGCCAUCCUGCUUCCAGUGUCUGGGCAGGAGCAGUCCUUCCCCGCAGCCUGGGCACCCCCCGUGGGGGCAGCCCCAUGGCCCCCCCAGGCCCCACCACCAGGGCUGCAGAUGGCCCCCUGCGGCUCCUGCUUUGAUCCCCGGUUCUUCCACGUCAAGCGGACCAUCGCCAAGCAGCCUCCACCAGCCACCCCCACGCUCGCCCACGGCCCCGCUGCUCCCCCGGGCCCUGCCCUGUGGGGCCUCGGGGGCUGUGAGACCCUCCCAGCCUGGGCAGCCCCCGGCAUCCUCCAGGGACCACCCACACAGCCCCCGCUGACGCAGCUCCCAUCCUUCAGCUACCAAGGCAGAGCGGUGGCCGCAGCGCCCCCGGCGCUGCUGCUGACCUCCAUCCCUGGCCUCCAGCACAUCCGGGGACCUUCUGGAUGGAGCCAAAUCUCCAGCACGGCCACCCCCACAGGGGCACCCCUGGGCAGCCAUGGCACCCGACAAAGCCACGUGCCCCCCAGACCCUUGGCUGCCCCCCAGAAACCAGCUCCUGGGGACCCGGCAGGCACAGUGGAUGUGACUGAGGAGAUGCUCCUCCAAGAGGCUUUUAGGCUCUUUGCAUCCUCCACGGACACAGUGGGGUCCAGCCAGGACAGCGCCACCACCAUCUCCAGGCCUGGGGACCCUGGUGCCACCAGGGGAGAGGGCAGAGCGGUGGCCCCAGCACACACCACGCUGCCAAACUCCAUCCCCGGCCACAAGAACAGCCUUGAAUGGUCUUCAGAGACCAAGAGCUCCAGCACGGCCACCCCUGAGGAGAGAAGCCCAGACAGCAACAUCCCUGCCUCCAGUGACCUCUCCUCAGACACUGACCUCUCCUUGGACAGCAUCAUCUCCCUGGAUACCAGUGUCCCCACCAGCCCCUCUGCUGUCCACCAAUGCCAAGCCCUCGGGGAUCUCAAAGGGCCUCAAGAGUUCCCUCUGGAGGAGGCCCUGAGGCUCUUCGACUGCUCCGGGGAGGUGGGAGGUGUCAGCCAGGACAGUCCUGGCAGCAGCCCCAGGCCCACGGAGCCUGGGGACACCUGCACAGCCAUUUCCCCCAGCGACUUUGAUGCUGUCGAGCUGCCUGAGGAGCUUUUGAGUCACAACUACACUCUGGAGGAGACCAUGGAGGCUGUGCGCUUCCUGGAGAAACUCCUCAAUGGGCCGGAGUCCCAGGAGCUCUGGGAGGAUGUGGGGAUGCAGCCGUCACCAGAGUCCAAGGAGCCCUUGGGGGACGUGGGGACGGAAGUGUCAUCAAAGUCCAAGGAGCCCUUGGGGGACGUGGGGACAGAGCCAUGGCCAGUGACCCCAGAGCCCCAGGGCAACAUGGGGACGGAGCCAUCAGCACAGUCCCCGGAGCCCUGGGGGGAUGUGGGGAUGGAGCCAUGGCCACAGUCCCCAGGGCCCUGGGGGGAUGUGGUCAUGGAGCCAUCAGCACAGUCCCCGGAGCCCUGGGGGGAUGUGGGGACGGAGCUGCCAGCGACCCAGCCUGCCCUGGGGGAGAGGCGUGGGACAAAGCGGGGGAGCAGCCCCCCAUCCCCACCACCCAGCAAGCGCAGGGCUCUGGCAGGGGGGCCGGGGGCGAAUCCCACCACAAGGAAGAGACGGAGAUGA